AUGUCUGGCAAGGGUGAAAAGAAAAAAGGAGUCGAAGAAAGACUAAGAGUUAAAACAGUUGGUGCUCACAUAGAAAGUGGGUGUCAAAAACGUGCAAAGAGGGAUAAACAUGAUCAGUUUGUAAAAACUCUGCCAAAACUGACUAAAUUUUACUCUCGUCCCACUUCAUCUACGCCUACACCUGAACCUAUAGCCUCCAGUUCAACGAGCAACGCCCGAGAUUCUGAGAAGUCAGCCGAUGAUAUUGAUUUAUCAAUAUCACCUAUCGUGGAUAGUGAUAAUGGAGCCGAUAGUGAUGAUUCAUCUGACGACACGAUGUCUCUUUCAAGUGUUUAUUCUAAUGCUAGUCGCCCGUGUUCCACUCUUGUCAACGUGUCCGACUCGGAAUGUGCUUUAGUGAAUUUGGAUUGUAAUCAAUCAUCUGAUCCCGGCUUGUGGCUUCUGCCCUUUUCAUCCGAACUAGUUGACUUUUGGAUUGAAAAAGGUCCGAUUGCUUGUCAAAACAAUGACGGUGCUUUCUUGAAAUCAAAGCGAGUUUACAACGCCAAAGGCAAAAAGGUAAAUCGUAAACUAAAUGCCGAUUCGUUCAAAAGAAAAUUACCAAAUGGAGAAAUUGUGGCUAGAGAUUGGUUAAUCUACUCGCCAUCGCUAGGAUGUGUUUACUGUUUUGUGUGCGUUCUAUUUUCUAAAGAAGAAAACCAGUUUUGUAAAGGAUUUGCCGACUGGAAACACGCUUCGACUAUGCUUGGAUGUCACGAAAAAAGUGCUCACCACGUCAAGUGUAUCCGCACUUACAUCGAACGCAACUCACUUUCAAGAGUACGUCGUGUCGAUUGUGAAUUAGUUAAACAGUAUGAAAAAGAACGAAAUUAUUGGAUUCAAGUUCUCGAACCAAUUGUUGCAACGAUAAAAUUUUUGGCUAAUCGAGGACUCGGCUUUCGUGGUGACGAUGAAAUAAUAGGUUCCACUCGCAAUGGAAAUUACCUUGGAACUUUGGAACUGAUAGCUCAAUUUGAUCCCUUCUUAAAUGAGCAUAUCAAGAAAUAUGGAAAUGCAGGCCGUGGGAUUCCCUCUUAUUUAUCGUCGACCAUCUGUAAUGAGUUUAUUGAUGUUAUGGGACAAAAAGUGUUGAAAAUUAUCGUAGCAGAAAUUCAAGAAAGCAAGUACUUUUCAAUAAGUGUCGACUCUACCCCAGACGUAACUCACAUCGAUCAGUUAACUUUCACCUUCCGCUACGUGAAACAAGAUGGACCAGUUGAGCGAUUUGUUAAGUUUAUUCCGAUUGCUCGUCACACUGGCGAAUAUCUGGCCGAUUGUGUCUUGAAAUUUUUAGAGACCUACAAAAUUAAUGUGAUGGACUGUCGAGGACAGUCGUAUGACAAUGCAUCCAAUAUGUCGGGCCAGUACAACGGGCUGCAGGCUCGCAUCAAAGCGGUUAAUGAAAAAGCGGAAUAUGUGCCGUGUGGUGGACAUUCUCUCAAUUUGAUUGGAUUAAAAGCGGCAGAGUGUUGCUUCGUCGUCGUGGCGUAUUUUUUGUUUGUACAAAACCUAUACGUAUUUUUUUCAGCUUCUCCGCAUCGAUGGAAUAUUUUGUGUAAAGCCCUUGGAGGUAAAGUGGUUCUUAAGAGACUCAUUGAUGUACGAUGGUCAGCUCAUGCCGAUGCAGUAAGCGCUCUUGAUAGUGGCUACAAUGAAAUCCAAUCUGCUUUAAACCUAAUAGCAAAUGACGAAGAAGAGGAACCAAAAACGAUCAUCGAAGCCAAGUCACUUUCUUCUAAAAUGGAUAAACUCGAAAAUGUUAUUUUGACUUCAAUUUGGAACCGCAUUCUCUCAAGAUUCAACAUGGUAAGCAAGACUUUACAAUCCGAGGACGUAAAUUUAUCCGAUAUAGUGUCGCUUAUGAAUUCCUUGAAAACUUUUGUUCAAUCGGUGAGAGACGACUUCGACGAUUGUGUUGAGAAGGCUAAAGAAAAAAGACCCCUGGCUGAAUACAGUUUUACCACUCAACGAGCGAAGAAGCGAAGUGUUCGUGUAACACGUAAUGAAGGACCCUCUAUUGACGCUUAUUUAACUGGCGAUACAAAAUUCCGAGUCGAAGUCUUCUAUCCAAUCCUUGAUUCACUCAACGAGGGUUUAUCUACGCGAAGCGUCGCUUACGAGCGAAUUAACGACCGUUUCUUUUUUUUGACACAAUUAAACAACAUGAGUAACGCUGAUAUCAAAAGCAAAUGUGAACAGCUCGCAGGAUUUUAUUGUGGUGAUGUAGAUCCAACGGAUCUUUACGGAGAAUGUCUGCAAUUUGUCUAUUACGUUGAAGACGAAGUGAAAGAAAGACAGAAGAAAGAAUCAUCUCCUAAUAUUGAAGGCCGCAAGAAAACAUUGUUUGAGACUCUGUAUUCAAGAAUCAAAUAA